AUGUGUUUCUAUUAUGUGAAGAAUAAAUUAAGUUCUAUAGUCAUUUUGGUCUUUUUCCAUAUUAUUGAAUUAAAUACAAUAUUUAUUGAAGGUAGGGAGAAUUUGGAAUUAAGCCCAUUAUAUAUACUUAACCAAUGGUCAACAUAUCCCUCAAGAAGUGUAGCUCCAAAAGGAAUAUUUCCCUUAACAUCAAUAGAUCCUAUAAAUGGUACUUUAUUUGAUGCUCAAUCUUUUAAGAAACUAGUAGAUAUUACUAAGAUUAGUGAGAAAAAUAGUACAGAUAAUGAUAAAUUGCCACUAAUAGCUCCAGUUGAGUUAUUUUGUGCUCAUCUUCACCCUAUUUUUAAUUGUCUAAUGAGGAGAUAUUCUCAGAAAUAUUCAUCAGUUUCUAAUAAUCUUGCAAUAUUUAAUGACGAUAAUCUUUCUUGGUAUAUAUUUAAAGGGGCACAUGCAAAAGUUGCACCUGGUUAUAUUAUAACUCCACCUAUAAAUGAUUUAAAUUCUAAUACAUAUACACAUUUGAGAAAUGACUUAAGAACAAAUAUAAAAUUUGAUUCUAUAAUUGAUCCUAGUAUACAAACAAUAUUAUCUUUAAUUGUAAAUUCAGAUAAGAAUUUAGUAUUUGAUGAGAACUCUGAGUUUUACAAAACUUUUCGUCCUAAGAAUACUUCUAUAAGGAAUAUUGGUAUUUAUUUUCAUGGUAAUGGAAGAUACUCAUCUGGGUGGUUAUUACCAGGUACAGUAGUUUAUGCUGCAGUUAAAGGUUUAGUAAGACAACCAUCAGUUUUUGAGAAUCUUUGGGUACGUGAGAGAGAAUUUUCAUUACAACUUUCUUCUUCAGAAGCUUGGUAUGUGAAUGGUAAACAUGUUCACUUUUCUCUUGGAGUAUUUUCAUUAUAUAUUUUAAAUGUGAUUGAUAAUGAAGGUCCUAAUAAUUCAAGAACUCCAAAAUAUACAUUAUCUGCUUCUCCUUUAAUCCCUGAUAUUAAGAAUAGAUCAAAUUUUAUAUCUGACUUUCUUAUAAUGGAAUAUGCCUCAGGUUUACAUUUACAUGAGGUUAGAAAGAGAAUAAAAUCUUCUACAGCUGUAAUGUAUUAUAAUAUGACAGAUGAUUGGCAUGGUUGGUUUAAUAAUGCCCUAUUUUUAUUAUAUACUUGGUUAUCUUUGAUUUCAGCAUUUUCAAUGACAGGGAGAUUUUUAUAUAUGCAUUGUGAUUUGCAUGAUAAUAAUAUUAUUGUUAGAAGUAUCUCAAAUCAAGUCCCAUCCCGUAUUUUAUUUACUGAGAUGAGAAGACUUAUAACAUUAGAUUCUAUUAACAUUAUUGAUUUUAUGUUUUCAUGGAUACCUCAAGAACGGGGUCAACGUAAUUCACCAGGUCCCUGUUCUACACAAUUUAAGGGAUGUAUUGCAGAUACAGAGAGUUUGAAUGCACUGUUAGUUGGGUAUAUGUUUGAAUUAAAUAUUUAUCCAUUUGAACCUACUCCAAUUCAAACUUCUAAAUAUCGUGAAGUUCAUAUGAAAUCAAUUCAGUUAGUUGAAACUCUCUCAAAUAUUCCAGAAUGGAGAAGAAUCUCUAAUUAUUAUGUAGGUGGGGCUAUAGAGUGGUACAAACAGUGGCGACGUUACGGUGCAGAUGUUACGGAUGUUUCUACUUAUUCUCUUAAUGAAGAAUUUGAGGGUAUUAUGAAAGUUUGUGAUUAUUUACAAGAUGUUUUAAGAUCUAAUAAUAUAUCUCAAAAAGAGCCUUGUAUAUCAUUUGAAGCAUAUUUAAGAGGAUAUUCUAUGUUUAGUUAUCGUAUGAUGAGAGUAGGUAUGUGUAUUCGUAAAAAUAUUACAAGUAUAAGUAAGAAUAGUACUAUAGGUUUAAAGUCUUCACAUAAUUUGAGAUUAUCAACUAAAGCAUCAAUUUCUUUUUGGGAUACAUCUCGUUUGACACUUUUUAUUUACUGGAAUAUCGCAACUUCAAACUUAAAGACAUGUCUUCCUCCAGACUUUAUAAAUAAAGAAUUUUAUAGUUUUUACUUAACAAGUGGUGAAAUAAUAACACUUUACCCAUAUCAUUGUGAGUUAAUAAUAAAUUGUUUAAAUGAUGAUAAUAAAAUUUUAGAGAAUAAAUUUAAUAAUUUGAAAGAUGUUUCUGAAAAUAUACAGGGUUUUAAUUAUAUAUAUGAAAGUCCUGAAGAUACUCUUCUUUUAAUUUAUAACAAUUUCAUGAGUCAAAAAAGUGAUGAGACAUUAGAAAGACAAUCUAAAAAGGUAUUAUCGAGAGGGUCACUAAAAAAUAUAAAUCUAGAGACAAUUAAGAAAUUAAAUGGAUCUUUAGGGAGAAUUAUUAAUACUUCUAAGACUUUUAAUGAUACAUUGAAGACUUUUGAAGUAGAAGAAUUUUUGUUAGAUCGUUGGAUACAUAAGUUAUAUUAUGGUAUGGACUUUUCAUUAUCUUUUUUAUUAGUUGGUUUAAGAUUCUUAUUUAGAGUAGAACCUACUAUUACAGGUCAAAAGAAUUUAGGCUUACAAUUUUUGACAUCUUUAACUAAAGUUUCAAGAAUUUUAAGUGAAUAUGAGCAAGAUGAUACUAAAAAUGGUGAAAUUCUCUAUGAUAAGUCUGAAGAACAAAUUUAUGAGAUUUGUAUGCUUUUUAUAAAUAUAUAUACAGAAAUAUCUUUUGAUAUUAAUGAUGAGAAGAAUUCAAAAGAAGAGUGCAGAAAUAGAAAUAUAGUAAGUCCAAAAUAUAAGAAACACCCAGAUUAUCCUGCUUUAUAUCAAUAUAUAAGGCAAAAGUUUUAUGAUGAUGAUGGAGAAGAAAAAGUUCAUUUUCCUAAGCAUGUAGAAUGUCAAGAUAAGGGUAUGAAGACUAAAAACAAAGAUUUUAUAAAACAGGGAUUAUGUGAUCAAUUAAUUAAACCUUUGGGUUUUAUUAACAUCCCGAUUUAUAAUUAG